UUAACAGUUAUGGCUACGUGGAGACUUAAUAUAUUGAUAUGGUGCAUGGCGUUCAACUCAGACGUGUUUGUAGUUUAUGGUAUUUUAUCCAGAGGUCCUAGGGAACAAAUGGAUACAAGAAUGUCAGCACAAUCAGAGAAGCAGUUCAUAUUGAAUGAAACUGAUAGACAUGCAGAUAUUGGAUCAACCUUUUCAAAUAUUGAGAAAAUCAACAGCAGGCUAAAUCUCUAUCAAGGAGACAUUAUGUUAACUGACGAACAACAGAGACGGAAGGAAGCUGGGUUGCCAAUUAUGUAUGAUAGAAAAAGAGGGAUUACGUCCUACACUGAUGUAUAUUGGAGUGAUAACACAGUUCACUAUUGGUUUGAUGAGAAUUAUGAUGGUAACAGAAUAUAUGCAGAGAAUUAUAGAUGCAUUACAGGAGUUGCAAGAUGACACAUGUUUAAUUUUCAUCGAAGGAAUUAGUUCCCAUUAUAUUAAGAUCAUAGAUGGUGGUGGAUGCUGGUCCUACAUUGGUAAUGUGGAUUACUAUCAGUCACCGCAGGAACUCUCACUUGCAUGGGGCUGCUUAUCUGUAGGGACUAUUCAACACGAAUUCCUCCAUGCAGUUGGCUUUCAC